AUGUCGACGCGACCGACGCGCCGCGCCGCGGCCCGGCGCACUGCUGUCGUCGACUCAUCAGAUGACGAAAUUGCAGACGCGACCAUUAAAGUCGCCGACGACAGCGAAGACGACUUUACGCCCGCCCGGGCCACCAGCCCGCGUCGCUCUACUCAAGCCGGAAGGAGGAAGACUAUGACCGAAGCCUCCGCGACUCCCAAACCGCGCACGCGUGCCAAGAAGAACAGCAUAGCGCCGCCCCCCGACGUCAGCCUCGAGCCCAGCGAGAUAUUCGAUCCAGACCAGACGGCCAUGACGGCCGAGCCCGACUUGCCGGCAAAGAAGUCGUCGCCGAGGAAGCGAAAGAGCGUUGCGCCGCGCGCGUCCAAGGCCGCCACACCCGACCUGCAGCCGCCGCUCCCCACCCCCCACCAGUCCGCUUCUCCAGAGUCGUCAGAGCUGCACAGUACGCCCCUUGCUGAUAUCACCGCCACAACGAUAAACCUGCAGCUGCGGCCUGCGGACGAGACGGUUCUGGCAGCCAGCAAGCCUGUCAAGGCCAUGGACACAAUCCUUGAGAAGCCCAUGGACAUCAUGCUCAAGUCGCGCACCAUGGCCAUUCCAGUCAUCGAGGACACAGGCCCCAAGGCGCGCAUCGUCAUUACAUAUCUCAUCCUUACCAACUUCAAGAGCUACGCUGGUCGGCAGGAGGUUGGACCCUUUCACGCCUCCUUCUCCUCUGUUGUUGGCCCCAACGGUUCUGGGAAGUCCAACGUCAUCGACUCGCUGCUCUUUGUCUUUGGUUUCCGCGCCAGCAAGAUGAGACAGGGCAAGAUCUCAGCCCUCAUCCACAACUCGGCCCAGUACCCGGACCUCGAGUACUGCGAGGUAGCUGUCCAUUUCCAGGAAGUCAUGGACCUUCCCGGUGGCGCCGGCCACGAGAUUAUCCCCGACUCCAAUCUCGUCAUAUCGCGCAAGGCCUUCAAGAACAGUUCUAGCCAGUACUACAUCAACGGUAGGAGCUCCAACUUCACAACUGUCACCACCUUGCUACGCGAUCGGGGCGUCGAUCUGGAUCACAAGCGCUUCCUGAUCUUGCAGGGCGAAGUCGAAUCCAUUGCCCAGAUGAAGCCAAAGGCAGGAAACGAACACGAGGACGGCCUUCUAGAGUAUCUCGAAGAUAUCAUCGGUACCUCGAGAUACAAAGCACCCAUCGAGGAGUCGGCUGCCGACGUGGAAGCUCUCAAUGAUAUUUGCCAAGAGAAAAGCGGUCGCGUCCAGCAUGUCGAGAAGGAGAGGAACAGCCUCGAGGACAAGAAAAACACGGCUCUUGCAUUUGUCCGCGACGAGAACGAGCUUGCCAUGAAGCAGUCAGCACUGUAUCAGCUGUACAUCAGCGAAUGCGACGACAACAUUGCUGUUACGGAGGAAGCUAUUGGCCAGAUGCAAACACAGCUCGACGCCGAACUUGAGAAGCACAAUGGGAGCGAGAAACUGAUCAAGCACCUCGAGAAAGCCUUCUCCAAGGGCAGCAAAGAGUGCGAGGCGCAGGAAAAAGAGACGCAGAGUUUGAUCAAGGAGAUGACCAAAUUCGACCAGGAGCGCGUCAAGUUUGAGGAGAAGAAAAAGUUCCUCACAGACAAGCGCAAGAAGUUGGAGAAGGCCAUCGCCAACUCCGAAAACUCGGCUGCCGAGGCGGAUGAGACUAUUGAGCAGUGCACGGAAGAAGUCGAAAGGCGCGCUCAAGAGAUUGCCUCGCUUGAACAACAAAUCAAGGAGGAGGAAGCAGAGCUGGCCACCAUCCGAGACAGCCUAAAGGGCAAGACGCAGAAAUUUUCCGACCAGAUUGCUGCCAAGCAAAAGUCGCUCGAGCCAUGGAACGAGAAGAUCAAUCAGAAGCAAUCUGCAAUUGCCGUUGCCGAGAGCGAGAUGACUAUCCUUAAGGAAAAGGCGAAUGCUGGCACUGUUGCUCUGGAGGAGCUGCAAGCCAAGAUUUUCGCUAUCGAGGAGAGCCAGACCGCCAAAACGGAGAAGACGAAGCAAUGCCAGGCUGAAAAGGCGAGCCUCGAAAAGGAGGCCAAGAAGAUCGAGGCCGAGCUUUCAAAGCUUGCACAAGACGAGCCUAAGUUGCGUUCGAAGCUCUCCAACGCCCGGCAGAAAGCCGACGAGGCCCGUUCGAGCCUAUCUGCCACGCAGAACCAAGGCAAUGUUCUCAGCGCUUUGAUGCGGAUGAAAGAGUCGGGCCGUAUCGAUGGAUUCCACGGCCGGCUAGGCAACCUCGGUACGAUUGAUCAGAAGUACGACAUCGCCAUCUCCACAGCCUGCGGCGCGCUCGACAACUUUGUUACCGACACGGUCGAGGCCGGCCAACAGUGUAUCGAGUACCUCAGAAAGACAAAUUUGGGCCGUGGAAACUUCAUCUGUCUCGACAAGUUGAGGACGCGCGACAUCUCCCCGAUCGCCACGCCCGAGAAUGCGCCGCGCCUGUUUGAUCUGGUAAGGGCCAAGGAUGAUAGAUUCCGCCCGGCCUUCUACCACGCUCUCCAGGACACACUGGUUGCCAAAGAUCUCGCCCAGGCGAACCGCAUCGCCUACGGUGCCAAGAGGUGGCGGGUGGUCACCGAAGCGGGCGAGCUCAUCGACAAAUCAGGUACCAUGUCUGGUGGUGGCAGCACCGUCAAGAAGGGUUUGAUGUCUUCGAAGCUGGUGCCCGAUACAAACAAGGAGCAAGUAUCCAAACUCGAGGCAGAUCGGGAUAUGCUGGAGCAAAACUUCCAGGAAUUCCAGGAGCGCCAGCGAGAACUGGAGGGCCGCCUCCGUGACGCCCAGGGACAGAUUCCCAAGCUCGAGACCAAAUUGCAGAAAAUCAACCUCGAGGUCGAGAGCUCGGCAAGAAACCUGGCUGAUACCCAGCGCCGAAUUAAGGAACUCGGUAAAGAGCACCAGCCUUCCAAGUCCGACGACAAUCGAGUUGUUGUCCUAGAAAAGGAAAUUGCCAAGCUCAACCGGGAGGUCGAGAAACUUCACGACGAGACCGCCAGCGUCGAGGACGAUAUUAAGGUCCUGCAAGACAAGAUUAUGCAGGUCGGUGGCGAGAAGCUCCGCACCCAGAGAGCCAAGGUGGACUCGCUCAAAGAGGAGGCCUCGUCUCAGAACGAGGACAUGUCAAAGGCCGAGGUGAAGAAGGUCAAGACUGAAAAGCAAAAGAUCAAGCUUGAAAAAGACUACGCAAAAGCCGUGAAGGAGCUCGAGGGUUCCAUCCGGGAUUCGGAGAAGCUUGAGGAAGAAAUACAGAACCAAGGUGACAAGGCCGAAAACCUGAAGACGCAGGUGGAGGAGGCUCAGGAGGCCCUGGGUGCCAAGAGGCAAGAGCUGGCCGAGAUGAAGGCGGAGCUAGACGAGAAGACGGCCGAGCUUAAUACCACCCGCGCCGUGGAGAUUGAGAUGCGCAACAAGCUCGAGGAAAACCAAAAAGUUCUCGGCGAGAACCAAAAGCGGCUGCGCUACUGGGAUGACAAGCUUUCCAAGUUGGUGCUCCAGAACGUCGACGAUUUGGAAAAAGGCAGCACGUCAGCAAGGGUCUCCAAGGUCAAGAAGAGCGAGGACGAGGACACGACCAUGGAGGAUGCCGAUACCCAGGUUCAGACUGACGCUGACGCUGACGCCGAAGUGGAGGAUUCCGCCAACCAGACCAUCCACGGUCCUGGCCGAUCCAGCCCGCUGGAGCUGCCCCACUACACAAGGGACGAACUCGCGGACAUGAGCAAGGAGACGCUCAAAGGCGAGAUUGCGGCGCUCGAGGAGAAGACGCAAAACGUCAACGUCGAUCUCGGCGUGCUGGCCGAGUACCGGCGUCGCGUCGAGGAGCAUGCGGCACGCUCAUCCGACUUGACAUCGGCUGUCGAGCAGCGCGACGCGGCCAAGAAGCGCUGCGACGACCUGCGCCGCCUUCGACUUGAAGGUUUUAUGGAGGGGUUCAGCACCAUCUCGCUCCGGCUCAAGGAGAUGUACCAGAUGAUCACGAUGGGCGGCAACGCAGAGCUCGAGCUGGUCGACUCGCUUGACCCCUUCAGCGAGGGCAUCCUCUUCAGUGUCAUGCCGCCCAAGAAGUCGUGGAAGAAUAUUAGCAACUUGUCCGGUGGCGAAAAGACGCUGAGCUCCCUGGCGCUGGUGUUUGCGCUGCAUCACUACAAGCCGACGCCGCUUUAUGUCAUGGACGAGAUUGACGCUGCGCUGGAUUUCCGGAACGUGUCGAUCGUGGCCAACUAUAUCAAGGAGCGCACAAAGAAUGCCCAAUUCAUUGUUAUCUCGCUGCGCAACAACAUGUUUGAGCUCGCCGCCCGCCUCGUCGGCGUGUACAAGGUCAGCCACAUGACCAAGAGCGUCACAAUCGAGAACAGGGACUAUGUACGCGGGAGGAACCAGAAUCACAGCCAGCAGCAGCAGCAGCAGCAGCAGCAGCAGCAACAACAACAACAACAACAACAACAACAACAACAACAACAACAACAACAACAACAGCAACAACAACAACAACAGCAGCAGCAGCAGCAGCAGCAUGCGGGCUCCACGCAGCUGAUUAGGUGA